AUGGAAGUUGGUGAUUUAAUAGCUACUCCUCUCAAAAUAUACGACCAGAUAUGUCAUGCAAAUGCUGAUAAGUCUUUUCACGAUGAAGUUCAAAAAGUUGUAAAUGACUACUCCUCGAAGGUGCCUUUAUAUGGUUGUACUACGUUGGACCGAAUUCCAGAUGGUCAUUUAGUGCGCAUCAUUGGAAUGGUUCAAGAUAUGUUUAACUCUGAGCUGUAUAUGGAUACGUAUCGUUUGUCAGCGAAUGACGAAACUAUCAGGUCUUUCAGAUAUCGAGAUUACAGUGACUUUCAAUUAUAA